AUGAUACACCAAAUGGCACCAUGGGUGCCCCAGUUCAUUCAGUCCUGGAAAAACCACUCGCAGCCCUUCGCGCCGUUCACUUUUGCGACCCUGGAUAUGCAGAGCAACCGUCCAAAGUGUAGAACUGUGAUAUUCAGAGACUUCCUGUUCCACGACAAGCGGAGCAAUGUGCUGACGUUUACUACAGACAUGAGGGGUGACAAGGUCAAGGAGAUUUUGGGAUCAGGCGCUGAGACUGCGCCAUUCGAAGCGUGCUUUUACUUCCCCAGCUCGUGGGAGCAGUAUCGCUUUAGCGGAAAGUGCUUUGUCGUGUCGAGGCAGUCGAAGCCACUGAUUACUCAUACAUUCAAUGGAGCAGAGUCCGGCGCUAUCGAAUACCCAAUCCUGUCGCCCAGCAUCUACGGCGACGCGCAUGUGCUCUACCAGCACGAGCACGUGGACGAGAGCGAGGAUGAGCACGUACAGAACGACGAAGAGCACAACGGUACGAGCGCAGACAACGAGACCGAGCCUGAUGUAGCGUCUGUGCGCCCCGAGCUAUCCCGUACCUCUACCCGUAGCUCCGGCCCUGCAGCCCACCACGCUGUGCUGACGCCCGCCGAAUACGCUCCUCCAACCCCCAAAGAAUGGGAUCUUGAGCUCGCCCGCCAAUGGGCCGACUUAUCGCGUUCUACAAAGGCACAAUUUCGCAAGCCCCAUCCUGGCACGCCGGUCACCUCAGAGACUAGCAAGCAGCUUGACAAGAUCCAGCGUGGUGUCGAUGGCGCCAAAGAAAAUACCGGCUUCGACAACUUUGGCGUUGUGUGCCUAUGCAUUGACGAGGUUGACUUUCUCAAUCUGAAGGAUGGCCGAGGUGGCGAGAGGUGGAAGUUCCGCCGUCACGUCGAAGAAGACUCCCACUUAGAGUCCUGGAUUGAAGAGGAAGUUUGCCCAUGA